AUGGUUGACCAAACAAAUGAAACAUUACCACAACUAUCAGAUUCUUUUUAUGAUGAUAAUGAUAGUACUAUAUCACCACCAGCAUUAAUCUCAAAUAUUCAAAUAGUAACUUCAAAACCACCAAUUUAUCGUCAACAAACGCAAAGUUCAAAUUCUUCAGAUACUUCUGAGCAUGAUAUUACUGAUGUAUCGUCAAUAAAUGAACAACAACAUCCAUUUCAUCUUGAAGCAAUGAAAAAUGUUCUAUUUGGUUUAUCAGCUCCUACAAGUGGUCUACCUUCACCUUCAUAUUCAGAUCAACAACAAUUAAAUAAAAGAGAUAUGCAAAUUCUAACUGAUAAUUAUUCUCAACAACCAUAUAUUCAUAAUUGUACAAAAGAUCAUCAUCAACGAAUUCGUUUAACUUCAUCAGCAAUUAAUCGUCAACAACAACAACAAAGAAUUGAACGUGAAAAUUUAAAAAUCUUAGAACGUCUUCAAAAUAUUCGUCCAACUCGUAGUUUAAAACGAGAUGAAUUAUUAUUUAAUUAUGAUCGUCUUAUGGGUGUUAAUACAUAUCCAAUGGAACCACGUUAUCAUCAGCCCAAACGACCGUCAAGUACAACUAAUAUAUCGUCUACUUUUUCUAUAUCUGAAAGUUCUCAUCGUUCACAAAGUCGACCAUCAUCUGCUACAAAUUCAUUAAAUAAUACUAAUAAUAACAGUGUACGCUCUCGUCCUGUAUCAGCUAGUCAUCGUUCGUCAUCAGCACGAAAACGAACAUGGAAUGAUCGUUGGCAACAACAAGAAUGA